GCGGUGGGGCCGGAAGUGAGUUUUAGUAACCCGGAAGAGGAGUUCUUUCCUGGCUGUAGUGUUGGUAUCUUCCAGCUGCUGCUUGUACUGCGGCUGAGGGUAUCGUCGCGAAAGGAUGGUGUGCGAAAAAUGUGAAAAGAAACUUGGUACUGUUAUCACUCCAGAUACAUGGAAAGAUGGUGCAAGGAAUACCACAGAAAGUGGUGGAAGAAAGCUGAACGAAAAUAAGGCUUUGACCUCAAAAAAAGCAAGAUUUGAUCCAUAUGGAAAGAAUAAAUUCUCCACUUGCAGAAUUUGUAAAAGUUCUGUACACCAACCGGGUUCUCAUUAUUGCCAGGGCUGUGCCUACAAAAAGGGCAUCUGCGCUAUGUGUGGAAAAAAGGUUUUGGAUACCAAAAACUACAAGCAAACGUCUGUUUAGGUGUAUUGAAGUUUCUGGUUUUCUGUACGAUUUUCCUUUUUGCUUUGAAUUUUCAAGGCACAACUUAGAUGUUCAAGUUACAAAAUAACAUGUCUUAAGACAAUUAAACCAGGGAAGUAGACUGGUAUUCUUUCUUUUGCUGUUAAGAAGUUCAGCAGCAAUGUAACUAGUUUUCUGCCUUAAGCUUUUAUUUUCUUUACAAACAUCUUAUUUAACUGGAGUAAGUAGCAAAUCUAACAAAAGUAUUUUCCUAGUUCUGUAUGCACUUUUUAAUUUAUCAUUACUCAUAAUUUUUAUUCUUUUUCCCUCUACAUUAUAGAUAUUGCAAAAGAAGGAAGUUGUUGAUAUAUGGCUUUGAAUUUGGCAUUCGGACUUGUAAUCCUUCCCUCAUUCCCUGUUGGUUGUGUAACUUUAGAAUCAGCCGUUCCUUAAUUAAUUGCAGCAUCAUAGGGCAUUUAAAUAUCUGAGCCCAUUGUUGUUUAAUAGUUCCUUAAAUAAAUUAUCCCAGACCCAAAUUAAACAAAAGUUGUUUUUAUGUUAUUUUUUAUUCGUGAAGCCAACGUGCCAGUACCUUUCAUAUGAGAACAGGAACUCAAGGGACAACCCACAUAUGUCCAAAAAAUACACUGGAUUUCAGAAAAACACAUAUCACCUUGAAUUCAGACCAUCAUGAAAGCCAGAAGAACAUUGUGCAUCCAUAAUGAUGUAUAGUGAAUGAAUCACCAUUCUUUGGGAAAGUGCUUUGAAGCAGACACCAAACAUUUUUUUAACCUCUUCUUUUCCCUCCCCCACCAAAAAUAAAUAGACAAAGCAAACAUUUUGACUCUUUUUUUAAAUAUAUAUUUAAUAUAGACUGCUAAAAGACUGCUUUGAGGUUUCUUUUUUUUAACUAUAGUGUAGUUGAUUUAUAGUGUUGUGUUAAUUUCUGCUGUGGACAACAGAAUGAUUCAGUUAUACGUAUAUAUACAUUGUUUUUUAAAUUCUUUGCCAUUAUGGUAUAUCACAAGAUAUUGAAUCCAGUUCCCUGUGCUAUGCAGUAAGACCCUGUUGUUUAUCCAUUCUGUGCAUCUGCUAACCCCUAACUCCCAAUCCAUCUCCUCACCCUGACAGCCCCCUCGGCAGUCACAAGGCUGUUCUCUUUGUCAGAGAGUCUGUUUCUGUUUCUUAGAUAGGUUCGUUUGUGUCAUAUUUUAGAUUCUGCCUUUAAGUGAAAUCAUAUGGUAUCUGUCUUUCUGACCUCGCUUAGUACAGUAAUUUCUAAGGCCAUCAUGUUAAUUGGACAUUAUUUCAUUCUUUUUAUGACUGAGUAAUAUUCCAUUUUAUGUGUCAGUCUUUUGAAUUGUAGUUUUGUUUGAAUAUAAGCCCAGGAGUUGGAUUGCUGGAUCAUAUGUUAGUUCAAUUUUUAGUUUUUUGAGGAACACUCAUACUGUUUUCCAUAGUGACUGUACCAACUCAUAUUCUUACACUGUAGGGGGGUUCCCUCUUCUCUAUACCCUCUCUAGCAUUUGUUAUUGGUAGACUUUAUAAUGAUAGCCUUUCUGACUUGUGUGAGGUGGUACUUCACUGUAGUUUUGAUUUGCUUCUCUCUAAUAAUUAGUGACGUUGAACAUCUUUCUCAUGUGUCUGUUGGCCAUCUGUAUGUCUUCUUUGGAGACGUGUCUAGGUCUUCUGCCCAUUUUUUGGUUGGGUGGUUUGGGUUUUGUGUUGAAUUAUGUGAACUGUUUGUGUGUUUUGGAAAUAAAGCACUUGUCAGUCACAUCAUUUGUAAAUAUUUUCUCCAAGACUGUAGGUGGUUCUUUUCAUUUUGUAUAUGAUUUCCUUUGUUAUACAAAAGCUUAUAAGUUUGAUUAGGUCCAGUUGGUUUAAUUUUGCUUUUGUUUCUAUUGCUUUGGUAGACUGACCUAAGAAACAUUGGUACGAUUUAUUUCAGAGAAUGUUUUGCCUGCAUUCUCUUUUAGGAGUUUUAUGGUAUCAUAUCACGUCUUAUUAAGUGUUUAAGCCAUGUUGAGUUUAUUUUUGUGUGUGGUGAGAGGGUGUGUUCUGUGUGUUCUGACUACAUUGAUUCACGUGCAGCUGUCCAACUUUCCCUUAACACUACUUGCUGAAGAGAUUGUCUUUUUUCCAUUGUAUAUUUUACGUGUGUGGGUUUAUUUCUGGGCUGUCUGUUCAUUUUCAGGUUUCAGACAAAGCCUUUUCUUUUGCUGCCUUUAGAGGUACAGGACUUCUGCUUUUGAAACAAGCUUACUGUGGGAGGCCAAAAAAAGUAUUCCCCAUUGCCAAGUGCAGUAUAAAGAUGUAUCACUAUAAAAUGGUAGACUAGAUACAAUGAUGAUACACAUGGUAUAAAUACCACAUUUUUAUUUGUUUUAAAACUACUGUGGAAAGUAUUUAAAGUUUUAACUGUUUAAUUUUAUCCAUAAGGUUUU